AUGGCCAAAGGAAUCGCUGGUCUACAGAAAUCAGCAUUAUCGCCAUGUCUGGCAUGCUGUGAACUGUUGUGUAGCGGACGACGACAGCAUCGGAAUUUUAUCCUUAAUAUGUUAUCAAUUGUUGGUGCCUAUUGGAUAAUCUCAACAUUAUUAUCACUGAAUUCUACUCAGUCUAAAAUUGCAACAGAACCAAUUAAUGUUUUAAUGAGGAAUGUAAAAGGUGUAGAUCCAGCAGCAGCUUCUGAGGCUCUUGUUCGACAAAGACGGGAUGAGGAGCGACAACCGGAAAAAAAAGUCGAAGAGGUGGAAGUCAAAAAACCUGACAAACCUAAACAGUUAUCUAUAUACGACAAAAAUAGUCCAAUUUAUCGGCAAGGUGAUCCGAAUCAAGCUGGAGAAUUCGGACGUGCUGUUAGAAUUGAUAAAGAGAAGCUUUCUCCAGAGGAGCGUCAGAAGUACGAUGAGGGUUUUAAACGAAAUUCAUUUAAUGAAUAUGCAUCCAACAUGAUCUCUAUUCAUCGAUCUCUACCAAAUAAUACUGAUGUAUUAUGUAAAAAUGCAACAUAUCCAACUAACUUGCCAGAUACUUCGGUCAUUAUCUGUUUCCAUAACGAAGCUUGGUCUGUGCUGUUGCGUACUGUUCAUAGCGUGUUAGAGAGAACGCCAGAUGAGCUUUUAAAAGAAAUUAUUCUGGUAGACGACUUUUCUGAUAUGGAUCACCUAAAGAAACCCUUAGAAGAUUAUAUGAGGCAGUUUGAUAAAGUACAUAUCAUACGUAUGGAAGCCCGAGUUGGUCUUAUACGAGCGAGAUUACGAGGAGCGUCGGCUGCUGUUGGAAAUGUUCUAACUUAUUUGGAUUCACACUGUGAGUGCAUGGAAGGAUGGAUACAGCCGUUGUUAAGCCGAAUAGCUGAAAAUUCGACAAACGUUGUAACUCCUGUAAUUGAUACAAUUGAUCUUGAAACACUUCAGUUUCAUCUCUCUGGCCAUAAUCGAAUGAGCGUUGGUGGUUUUAACUGGGGGCUUGUUUUCAAUUGGCAUGUUCUUCCAGAUAGAGAUCAAAAAAAACGAAAAACUAGAAUAGAACCAAUUCCCUCGCCAACUAUGGCUGGUGGUUUGUUUUCAAUUGACAGAAAGUAUUUUGAAAAGUUAGGCGGAUACGACCCGGGGUUUGAUAUUUGGGGCGGUGAAAACCUAGAAAUCUCGUUCAAGAUUUGGAUGUGUGGCGGUCGUUUAGAAAUUGUUCCAUGUAGUCAUGUUGGCCAUAUAUUUCGAAAAAAAUCACCUUAUAAAUGGAGGACUGGAGUAAACGUACUACAGAGGAAUAAUGUCCGCUUAGCAGAAGUUUGGUUAGACGAUUUUAAGCAUAUCUAUUAUCAAAGGAUCAAUAAUAAACUGGGUGAUUAUGGUGACGUAUCCGAAAGAAAAAAAUUACGUGAACGGCUACAAUGUCAUUCGUUUAAGUGGUAUUUAGAUAAUAUUUUCCCAGAUUUGUUUCUACCAAGCGAUGCUUUGGCCAGUGGAGAGAUUCGUAAUCAUGGUAACAGUCGCUACUGUGUGGAUCAUGAAGUCGGUCGUAAUGCAGUUAAUGAUCCAGUCAUUCCUUAUCCUUGCCACUUACAAGGCGGUAAUCAGUUUUGGAUGUUAAGUAAAGGAGGAGAAAUUAGGCGCGAUGAAUACUGUCUCGAUUAUACUGGACGAGGUGCACCAGUAACUUUUGAGUGUCAUGGCUCGAGGGGCAAUCAGCUAUGGGAAUAUAAUCAUACCACUGGACGACUUUUCCAUCCAGUAUCAAAUAAGUGCUUAGAACUUAGUGAUGAUAAUAAAUCAUUGGUAAUGAAUUCUUGUGAUGGUGCAAACGAACGUCAGUCUUGGGUAUUUCAAAAUUACAACGUCACUCGUACAACUUCAGUUAAAGAGUUAGAAAAAUAA